UUCCGCUAAAAGGAUUUGAAUUUUCCAAGCAAAAUGGACAAGGGGACGGGCACCACCAUCAAAGUUCAUCAUCAUAUUGACAGAAGCAAAGUUAGAAUUUUACUGUGCGACUUCAAUGCAGAAAGUUGUCAACAAAUACUGGCCCUUCUUUGCCAAUGUUCUUACAAGGCAGCUGCAGUGUGGUCAGAGAGAGAAAUCUUUGAUGUCUUAAACUCUGAAGGACCUCGUACUGAUAUUAUACUUGCUGAGGUUAAUCUUAUUAUGUCCAAUGAUGCACAUCUGUUAAGGUAUAUCAUGUCUAAUGAAGACUUGCAAAAUAUUCCACUUAUAAUCUUGACAACAGAGGAUCACGAUCAGGUUUCUGUUACGCUAAAGGGAUUGAGACUUGGAGCUGUGGACUAUCUUGUGAAGCCUUUACAUACUAAUGAGAUAUCGAGUUUGUGGAUGCACGUUCAAAAUCUUGGCUAGUUGAAAUGUAGUACAGAGUCAAAGAAAUGUCGUAAUGAACUGAAAUAAGAUAUUGAAAAUGAAUAUGGUAACGAAUUGAAAUUAUAGUGGUAAUCAACGAUUCUUGUAAUCGAAUUCAGAUUAUAUAUGCUGUCAAUUGUGACAUGCACAAUGCAACCGAAAGCUACAAGUUGACUUCCAUGUAAACUACUUCCAGUGUAGCAUACGUUGAAAUUUGAAUGUAAAUUAUAAUUUU